CCCUCCCCCCCCACCCCCGGCCUUCUCCUCCUCAACAAGCGGGGUGGCGGCCGCCCCCGGGCCCUGGGGCCUCGGUGCUGCAGAAAUGGAUUCCCAGGAGAUCAAAGAGCUGCAGCAAGAAGUGAUGGAGGAGCUGGGAAUCUCCAUGGAGGAGCUCCAGGAAAUCCUUGACAAAGAGCUGGAGAAGUUUGAGUGUGUGAAGCAGAGGAAGCAGCAGCUGGAGGAGCUGGAGAGGUGUGUGAAGCAGAAGGAGGAGGAGGUGGCUCACGUCGACCGGCUCUUCGACGAUGCUUCAAGAGCCAUUGAUAAGUGUGAGAGCCUGGUGAAGGAUCUCUACUCCAAACUGGGCCUCCAGUACCGGGAGAGCAGCUCUGAGGACGAGGAGGCAGCUGCCAAGACCACAGAAGUGAUUGAGAUCCCAGAUGAGGAUGAUGAUGAUGUCAUGAGCAUCGAUCCAGGCUGGAAGCACAGUGAUAAUAGUCCCAGAGUCACAAAGGAUCAGACCCUGCUGAGGGAAGCCAUGGCUGCCAUGAGAAAGUCUGCUCAGGAUGUUCAGAAGUUUAUGGAUGCUGUCAACAAGAAAAGCAACGCCCAGGAUGCCCCAAAGGAUGCACAAACCCCUCAGGAGACUCCUGGCACCGUCCAGCCCGUGGCUGGGGGUGAUCUGAGCAACGAUGGGGAUCUGAACGUUGGCAUGAGGAUCCUGGGCAAGAAGAGAACCAAAACAUGGCACAAAGGAACUCUGAUUGCUAUCCCAACAGUUGGUGCUGGGAGGAAGUACAAAGUGAAGUUUGAUAACAAAGGGAAGAGUUUGCUGUCUGGCAACCACAUUGCUUACGACUAUCACCCCUCCCCUGAGAAGCACUACGUGGGCAGCCGUGUGGUGGCCAAGUACAAGGAUGGGAAUCAGGUUUGGCUCUAUGCUGGCAUUGUGGCUGAAACCCCAAACGUGAAGAAUAAAGACAGGUUCCUGAUCUUCUUCGACGACGGCUACGCUUCGUACGUCAAGGAGUGGGAGCUGUACCCGGUCUGCAGGCCAUUGAAAAAGACCUGGGAAGACAUAGAGGAUGUUUCCUGCCGAGAUUUCAUCGAGGAGUACAUCACAGCCUACCCCAACCGGCCCAUGGUGCUGCUCAAGAGCGGGCAGCUCAUCAAAACAGAGUGGGAAGGGACCUGGUGGAAAUCCAGAGUGGAAGAAGUGGAUGGCAGCCUGGUCAAAAUCCUGUUCCUGGAUGACAAACGUUGUGAGUGGAUUUACCGGGGUUCCACCCGCCUGGAGCCCAUGUUCAGCAUGAAAACCUCCACGGCCUCCACCCAGGAGAAGAAGCAAAGUGGACAAGCAAGGACUCGUCCCAACGUGGGCGCGGUGAGGAGCAAAGGCCCCGUGGUGCAGUACACACAGGAUCUCACCGGAGCUGGCACCCAGUACAAACCUCUGGAGCAGAUGCAGGCGGCCUCGAGGGCCACACGUUCCACCUCCCCACAACCUGCUGAGAUGGAGUGCUCUGACAGUCAGCUGGCCCAAUCCAGGAAGCAAGUGGCCAAGAAGAGCACGUCCUUCCGUCCUGGCUCGGUGGGCUCUGGCCACUCCUCACCUUCCUCCCCGGUGCUGAGCGAGGCGCCGGCGGGACGGGCGGCAGCGGCCCAGCAGCACCGCCUCUCCAGCAGCAGCGCUGCCGGCACCUUCCACGGCAUGAUGGACCGUGUGCCCAGCGAACCCUCCUACCGAGCCCCUCUGGAGAAGCUCUUCUACCUGCCCCACGUGUGCAGCUACAGCUGCCUGUCGCGGGUGAGGCCCAUCCGCAGCGACCAGUACCGCAGCAGGAACCCUCUGCUCAUCCCCCUGCUCUACGACUUCCGCCGCAUGACGGCGCGGCGCCGCGUCAACCGCAAGAUGGGCUUCCACGUGCUGUACAAGACGCCGUGCGGGCUGUGCCUCAGGACCAUGCAGGAGAUCGAGCGCUACCUGUUCGAGACCGACUGUGACUUCUUGUUCCUGGAGAUGUUCUGCCUGGAUCCCUACGUGCUGGUGGAUCGCAAGUUCGAGCCCUACAAGCCUUAUUAUUACAUCGCCGACAUCACCAAGGGCAGGGAGGACGUGCCCCUGUCCUGCGUCAACGAGAUCGACGGCACGCCCCCGCCACAGGUCGCCUACAGCAAGGAGAGGAUCCCCGGCAAGGGCGUCUACAUCAACACCAGCUGGGAGUUCCUGGUGGGCUGCGACUGCAAGGACGGCUGCAGGGACAAGUCCAAGUGUGCCUGUCACCAGCUGACCGUGCAGGCGACCGGCUGCACCCCGGGCGGGCAGAUCAACCCCAACUCCGGCUACCAGCACAAGAGGCUGGAGGAAUGUCUCCCCACAGGAGUUUAUGAGUGCAACAAGAGGUGCAAGUGCAACACCAACAUGUGCACCAACCGCCUGGUGCAGCACGGCCUCCAGGUCCGUCUGCAGCUCUUCAAGACUCAGAACAAGGGCUGGGGCAUCCGCUGCCUGGACGACAUCGCCAAGGGCUCCUUCGUCUGCAUCUACGCGGGGAAGAUCCUGACGGACGACUUCGCCGACAAAGAGGGGCUGGAGAUGGGCGACGAGUAUUUCGCCAACCUGGAUCACAUCGAGAGCGUGGAGAACUUCAAGGAGGGCUACGAGAGCGACGCGCGCUGCUCGUCGGACAGCAGCGGCGUGGACAUGAAGGACGAGGAGGAGGAGAACACGGGCACGGAGGAGCAGGAGGAGUCCAACGAGGACAGCUCUGAUGAAAACUUCUGCAAGAACGAGGGCUUCGGCAGCAGCGGCCUGGUGUGGCGCAGCUACGCCACCCGGCGCCAGACCCGCGGCCAGAGGGACAACGGGCUGUCGGAAACGGCCUCCAAGGACUCGGGGCCGGCCCAGCACGGCUGCCACGACGACCCCGCGCCCCCCGCCGCCCCCUGCAAGCUCCCGGUGUCGGAGGAGAGCUCCAAGAACAAAGUGGCCUCGUGGCUGAGCUCCAACAGCAUGUCCGACGGCUUCCAGGACAACGACAGCGCUUCUUCCUUCAAGAUGAGCGACGGCGGCGAGGCCAAAGGCUGCAAAACGGAGCAGCUCCCUGCUGAGAGGGAGAAAAGCUGCCCUGAGCACGAGGGAGAGCUGAAGGCGGCCAAGAAAGAGGAACUUGAGGAUGCCUCCAAAAUCCCCGGGCUCAGCGACCUGGGCCGCAUGUACGGCUACAACCCCAGUCCCCCCAAGCUGGAGGGAGUGCGGCGCCCGGCCAGCAAGACGGCGCUGCUGCAGAGCCGGCGGCACUGCCCCGCGGCGCAGCCCCCCGGAGACGACGUGCUGACCCUGUCCAGCAGCACCGACAGCGAGGGCGAGAACGGGCAGGCGGCGGCGGGACAGGCGCCCGGCACCACCAACGACAGCGACGACAUCCAAACCAUCUCCUCGGGCUCUGAGGAGGAGGAAGGAGACGACAAGAAGAACCCCUCGUCUGGGUCAGGUCCAGUGAAGAGACAGGUGGCUGUGAAAUCCACCCGAGGCUUCGCCCUCAAAUCCACCCACGGCAUCGCCAUCAAAUCCACGCCGCUGGCAGCGGGCGACAAGGGCGAGAGCGCGCCGGUGCGCAGGACCACGCGCCAGUUCUACGACGGCGAGGAAUCCUGUUACAUCAUCGAUGCCAAGCUGGAGGGGAACCUGGGCCGCUACCUCAACCACAGCUGCAGCCCCAACCUCUUCGUGCAGAACGUCUUCGUGGACACACACGACCUGCGCUUCCCCUGGGUCGCCUUCUUCGCCAGCAAGAGGAUACGAGCUGGCACAGAGCUGACCUGGGACUACAACUACGAAGUGGGCAGCGUGGAAGGCAAAGAGCUGCUGUGCUGCUGCGGGGCCAUCGAGUGCCGGGGGCGGCUGCUGUGAGCCCUCCCGCUGCCCCUCUGCCAGGCUGCUGCUGUGAGCCCUUCACCAGGGCAAAAGCUGCUGCUCAGGAGGAGCUUUGUGGGGCUGGAACCACAGUUAACAGCAGCUUCCAGUUCUCCCCAUCACUUGGCAAACGACAGAGACGUGACAGAGACCAUCCCCCGUCAGCUGAGCCGGUACCUGCCCCAGCUCCAGCCUCUGCCACGUGGCUCUUUCCUCUUCUCUUCCACGUUUAAACCACAAAGCCCUGGGCAGCUCCAACUCAGAAGAUGGUUCACAGAGCCUUUGGCCUGUCCCCACGGCCUGAGGGGUGGGAUGGAUCCAGCCUGGGCCCCUCUCACCCAGAGGCAACAAACCAACCCCCAACCUUCAACUGGUGUAAAGAAUCUUUCCAUUGUUCAAAAGCAAUAAAG